CAGACGGAAAAAAACAUCGAUAACAAUAUCGAUAGGCGGCGUAUGUAAAAAACUACAAUCGCGCUACAGCUGUGCCCUGUGACAAUUUUGCUAAAAGUUUUUCUAUCGAGCCGCGGCCGCCGACGCAAAUAGAAGCAGGAAAACGGGCAAAAAGAAAGAAACUACAAAUUUUUGUAUUUUUUUUUAAACUAUACAAACAAAGCCCAAUAUGACUGAUAUGCGCAAUGAGAUGGACAGCGAUCUGGAUCAGAAUUACUCGCUGAACAGCAAUGCGGAUCCCAAGAAUAUGCAAGAGCUGACAAUCUAUAACGUACAGGAUAAAUUCCAGACGAUGUCGGAUCAAAUCAUCACACGCAUCGAUGAUAUGGGCAAUCGCAUCGAUGAUCUGGAGAAGAGCAUUGCGGAUCUGAUGAAUCAGGCGGGCGUCGAGGGAACGGCCCCAGAGAAAUAAUAAGUGCCAGUGCCACGCCCAUAAUCAAGGCACAUAUCGCAUUCACAUAAAGCAUAUACAUCGAACAUACAUACGCACGCACACGCACACACACUCACUCACAUUCAUGCACACACACACACAGAUACAUUUGUAACAAUUCCAGCAUUCACAUCCCGUGCACCCACAUUUAAUUGCUCUCAAACUGUAAAACACAAAAAUCAAACCAAA